CACUCACACACGGGUAAGGGCGAUAAUCCCUGCCUUCCUAUUCCUAACAGACAGCAAGAAGUCUGUCAUCCAAAACCACAUUUUGAAUGGCAUCAGCUUGAUCAUCGGUAGUUGAGGUUUUCCGACGAUCUGACCGAGGGUCAUCUGUGCUGACCCCGCCCCGCUCGACUUCAUCAAUCAGCCCACUUCUUCACAGUUGCACAGGAAGGGGAUCGUCAGCAAGUUACUCGGGGCUAGUCGCUGCAUAUCAACGUGGAUAUCUAACCCUCCUGGAGUGUCGCAAUUUAUCAGGUUUGGUCUUUGCACCCACCCGAGUUCACCGUCAGUUUCUGCUGCACCGGCCACCCUGUCAGCCAGUAACUUGCCACCAUGACCACCAUCGCCAAGAAGUGGACACUUGCUAAACAGUUUGAUGGCGAACCCAAAGUAUCCGACUUUAAGUUGGUGGAGGAAGAGCUGUCCACGGCUUUACCACCUGGAGCAAUCCUUCUAGAGGCUCUGUACCUGACAGUCGACCCCUACAUGAGAAUGAGAGAAUAUAAAAUUGGCGAUACACUGGUUGGCGAACAAAUUGCCAGAGUCAAAGUCAGCAACAACCCAAACUUCCCAGAGGGAGCGCUUGUUCUGGCGUUUCUAGGGUGGCGCUCCCACACCCUAGUGCCUCACCCCGAGAAAGAGAUUGUCUCUGGUUUGGGGGUGCGUCUGCUGCCAGACUUUGGAGACCUGUCGCCUUCCCUGGGAAUUGGAUGCCUGGGAAUGCCAGGGCUUACAGCCUACUUCGGGCUGCUGGACCGCGGCAACCCCAAGCCUGGGGAGACUCUGCUGGUCAGUGGGGCGGCUGGAGCUGUGGGCAGCGUUGUGGGACAGAUCGGCAAGAUCAAAGGACUGAAAGUGAUCGGGUCUGCUGGCAGCCGGGAUAAAUGCGAGUGGCUGAAGGAGGUGGGCUUUGAUCACGUGUUCAACUACAAGGAGAGGACGGUAGACGAAGCUCUGAAGGAGUUUGCCCCGGAGGGAGUGGACUUGUACUUUGACAACGUGGGCGGAGACUUUGCCUAUGAUGUCAUGAAAAGUCACAUGAAGUUCGGAGGGAGGAUUAUCGCCUGUGGCUCGAUAUCUCAGUACAACGAUAAAGAGAGAAUAGAACGCAGCACUAAGGCGUUCAUCAUCUACAAGCAGCUGACUAUCCUCGGUAUCAUCGUCAACGCUUACACCAAGCGUUUUACCGAAGGAGUGACAGAACUGCUGCAGUGGGUUAAAGAAGGCAAGCUGCAGUACAAAGAAACCAUCACGGAUGGGUUCGAGAACAUGCCCAGCGCCUUCAUCUCGCUUUUCAGGGGAGGUAACACUGGCAAAGCUGUCGUCAAAGCCUCCUCCUGGAGUGUCGCAAUUUAUCGGGUUUGGUCUUUGCCCCCACCCGAGUUCACCGUCAGUUUCUGCUGCACCGGCCACCCUGUCAGCCAGAAACUUGCCACCAUGACCACCAUCGCCAAGAAGUGGACACUUGCUAAACAGUUUGAUGGCGAACCCAAAGUAUCCGACUUUAAGUUGGUGGAUGAAGAGCUGUCCACCGCUUUAACACCUGGAGCAAUCCUUCUAGAGGCUCUGUACCUGACAGUCGACCCCUACAUGAGAAUCAGAGAAUAUAAAAUUGGCGAUACACUGUUUGGCGAACAAAUUGCCAGAGUCAAAGUCAGCAACAACCCAAACUUCCCAGAGGGAGCGCUUGUUCUGGCGUUUCUAGGGUGGCGCUCCCACACCCUAGUGCCUCACCCCGAGGAAGAGAUUGUCUUUGGUUUGGGGGUGCGUUUGCUGCCAGAUUUUGGAGACCUGUCGCCUUCCCUGGGAAUUGGAUGCCUGGGAUUGACAGGGCUUACAGCCUACUUCGGGCUGCUGGACCGCGGCAACCCCAAACCUGGGGAGACUCUGCUGGUCAGUGGGGCGGCUGGAGCUGUGGGCAGCAUUGUGGGACAGAUCGGCAAGAUCAAAGGACUGAAAGUGAUCGGGUCUGCUGGCAGCCGGGAUAAAUGCGAGUGGCUGAAGGAGGUGGGCUUUGAUCACGUGUUCAACUACAAGGAGAGGACGGUAGACGAAGCUCUGAAGGAGUUUGCCCCGGAGGGAGUGGACUUGUACUUUGACAACGUGGGCGGAGACUUCGCCUAUGAUGUCAUGAAAAGUCACAUGAAGUUCGGAGGGAGGAUUAUCGCCUGUGGCUCGAUAUCUAAUUACAACGAUAAAGAGAGAAUAGAACGCAGCACUAAGGGGUUCAUCAUCUACAAGCAGCUGACUAUCCUCGGUAUCAUGGUCAUCGCUUACACCAAGCGUUUUACCGAAGGUGUGACAGAACUGCUGCAGUGGGUUAAAGAAGGCAAGCUGCAGUACAAAGAAACCAUCACGGAUGGGUUCGAGAACAUGCCCAGCGCCUUCAUCUCGCUGUUCAGGGGAGGUAACACUGGCAAAGCUGUCGUCAAAGCCUGAGAAGUCAUCAUCCUCCAUUUGUCUUCCCCUGACACCCACAAUUGAUGACAUUUGCCUGUCAAGUGACGUCCCUUAGAGCACUUAGUUAUCAAACCUGUUGACGAUAAAGUUUGACGAAAGAACAUGUUAUUCAAAAAAUGAAAAUAUGUAGAUUACAAUAAAUAUAAAAUGAAAGCAAAAA